UGUAAGUGCCACAUGAGCACAAGUGAAAUCAUGAUUCAUGUUCCCUCCUUUGUGUUUGAACCUCUCCUUCCUCAUCUUCAUCGCCUAGAGAGACCGAGAAAAACAAAGAAUUUAUUCGAAACCUUAACUGAAUGCUGAUCCUCCACUAAGAAACUUCAAGAAAUCUAAGCUUAAUUCUUUCUAAUAAUGGCUUUAAAUUUAAGUAAUACUUGGGUUCCAUCUCCUCCCCUUUGUUGUCAUCCAUCUCCACGUAUAUCAAGGAUAUCUACUUGUAAAUAUCUUUGUUUCUCAAUUCAUUCGACGACUUCAACUCGUUCUUAUAACAUCAGAGUUAAAUCAUCUUCUUCAUCUUCAAGUGACGAAGGAAAUCAAAUUCCCGAGGAAUUGGAUAUGAAUUUGUUGGGUGAUGAAUUGAUUAGCCGGAUAUUGAGCAUGAAAGAUGCUGAUGAAGUUUUGGAGUUGAUUUCUGAGAAAUAUCAGAAAGAUACAGGUGUUGUUGGGACAUCUGAUUGCUGUAUGAUCAUAAAUUCUGCACUUGAAAGGGGGAAUUUCUUAUUGGCUUUAUCGAUUUUCUCUGCAAUGCGAUCAAGCUUCGAGCAAGAUUCUUCUAUCAAGGAAUGGAAGUGGAGUAGGCCAGAUGUGCGGACUUAUGUGUCGCUAGUUCGAGGACUUGCAGCAUCUUUGCGUGUUUCUGAUGCUAUUAGGAUGGUUAAUGAGGUUUGCCGAGUUGGAGGUUCCACUGGGGAGGAGGUGCCUUUUGGUAAGGUUGUGAGAUGUCCGAGCUGUACGAUAGCUGUUGCUGUUGCACAACCUCAACAUGGUAGUCAAAUAGCAUCAUGUGCCAAGUGUCGCUACCAAUAUGAGCUUGUUUCAGGAGAUAUAGUCAGUAUUGAAUCAGAAGAAAUCAGCAUGGAUACUUCAUCUUGGGAAAGGGGGCUGAGGUUCCUGCAACUAACGAGGAAGAACAUUCCUGCAGCUGUUCACUCUAUUGUGGUUCAAACUCCUACUGGGACUGCUCGCACGCACAGGUUUGCUACUAAAACAGUGGACCUUCCUGCACGAGAAGGAGAAAGUGUAACUAUUUGUCUGGCAGCUCCAUCAAGUGUUUAUCGGCAGGUGGGCCCCUUAAAAUUUACUACAAAAGCACCUGGAUUCAACCCAGGGGAACCCAUGUGUAUGACAAACCAUAAUGAUGGUCGAGAAUCAGAAUUACUACGGGCCCCUUCAAAGAAUGAACGCUUGUCUUUGCUUAGCCCUUCAGUCCUCUUCCCUGUACUUGGGGUACUUGCUACUGGAGAUGCUGCUUCAGGGAUUAUUAAUCCCAGCUUGCCACAAUUCAUUUCUGUUGCUGCAGUUGCUUCGGUUGCUCUAGGAACUACUUUGAAUACUCUAGUUCUGCCUCAACUAAAUCGGCUUCCUCAGAGGUCAGUUGAUGUUGUUGCUAUCAAGCAGCAGCUUUUGUCUCAGUAUGAUAUACUUCAGACUCGUAUAAAGAACCUAAGAGAAGCUACAGAGAAAGAGGUAUGGAUGUUAGCCAGAAUGUGCCAACUGGAGAACAAAAUCUUAGCUGUCGGCGAACCCUCUUACCGUGCUCGAAGAAAUAGAGUCAAAAGGGUGCGAGAAAGCUUGGAAAAUUCUCUAAAAGGGCGGAUUGAACUGAUUGACAGCUAUGCAAGAAUUUCGUCUAUGAUUGAGAUUGAGGUGGAGUUGGGCUCUGAUGUCAUUGCUGCUGAAGCAGUGAGCAAUGCGGAAAAUAUUGCAGAACAGAUUGAACAAACCAUGGAGCUAGAAAACCUUGAACAGCGAUGGAGGGAGCAAGUUGAGGCGAAUGAUGAGGUAGAAAGACUUCUCAGUUCUCAGCCGAUACAAAGAUAGGCGGACUGUAAAUUUGUCAUCACCUUGUCAAGAACUUACAUACACAUGGUCAUGGGCAAGAAGAAGGUAGUUUCCUCAGAUGGCUGGUAACUCAUCUUAUGAACAUCCCUUUUGCUGGCUUCCAAAGUAAUGGCAGUUACAGAAACACACUAGGCAGAUAAAGUUUUCUUAAGGAGCAAUAAAAUUCCUCCCCGCAAAUUAUACUGUUUUUGUUGUUGAAUGUAACGCAUUUUCUCAUAUAUAUAGUUCAUUUCUACAGGAUAAAAUUUAAUUGCCAUUUUUCCGUGUACAAAUUCACUUUUUUUGUUUUGUCUAUCUGUAAAGAGAACAACACGUACAUGGUCUGCCGUAAAUACUACCUACGUUUCUG